AGACAGCAUGGUGGAGGGUCCUUCAAUAGUUUGCAUCUUGUCAACAUUAUAGAAAUUUCAGUCUUUGCUCAUUUGCUCAAGUAAUCUACUCGGAACAGUCAGACAGUAUCUGUCGAUCCCACGGUGAGUCUCUCUCGCUCAGUGGGCGGACGUAUCGGCAUUGUGUGCUAACUGAAGAAGCUAACCGUAGCUAGCUAAACUGCUAAGCUGGUCAUCAGGGCAGGGUUUGGUAACAUGCAUCUCUGACACUGCUGUGGACACUUUGGGCGUCUGUCACUGACAUCUACAAUUCCAGGCACUGUAUUACUAUUAAACAAAUGUGGCUCAUUCUAAGGAGUAUCUUAAAUGGAUACUUGUCUGAGUUGUGACGACCUUGACUUCACCUGUUUACUACUUGCAUGCAAAUAGAUUUACCUCAGAUUAGCAAGCCCGGCUCUACCAUGGAGCCCGUAAUGAAUCAGAUUUGGCCGAGAGUUUUCCAGCGCCUCCACAGAACCUCAGUGCUGCCCAGGAGGAGCCAUUCAGCGUGUGUUGAGCACAUCACUUCUCCUGCCUCCUCCAACUCCAGACAUGUCAAACCCACACUCCUGGUGUCCCGCCUCUACCAGCCUUCAAACCUGCGCGAUGUGGGGCAGGACACCAGGCUGCAAGGAGAGAUGACUUGUAAGAGCCAAAGGCUCAUGCAGCAGGCGGGGCUCAUCCAUCCAUUCAACCCGGGUUGUUACUACUACCUCCCUGCCGCCGUCCGCUCCAUGGAGAAGCUGAUGAGAGUAAUUGACCAAGAGAUGCAGGGGAUCGGUGGGCAGAAGCUGGACAUGCCCAGUUUGUGCUCAGCUGACCUCUGGAAAACCAGCGAGCGCUGGGAUUUGAUGGGAAAGGAGCUGUUCCGUCUGAAAGACCGCCACGGAGGCGACUACUGCUUGUCCCCUACACAUGAGGAGGCCGUGACGAACUUGGUCGCUCACCAGAUCACUCUCUCCUACAAACAGUUCCCUCUGCUUCUUUAUCAGAUGACCCGCAAAUUCCGAGACGAACCAAAGCCGAAGUUCGGUCUGCUUCGAGGGAGGGAGUUCUACAUGAAGGACAUGUACUCGUUCGAUGUGAGUGAAGAAGCAGCUUACGAGACCUAUGAAUCGGUGUGCCAGGCAUACACCAGGCUCUUCGCCCGGCUGGGUCUGCGUUGCAUUCAGGUGCAGGCAGACACGGGCAACAUCGGUGGUAAACUCUCCCAUGAGUUCCAGCUGCCAGCAGACAUCGGUGAGGACAGGCUUCUGCUCUGUGGGAACUGCUCCUUCUCUGCUAAUGUAGAGACCAUGUCAACAGACAGAACUGACUGCCCACAGUGCAAAAAUGGCACACUGGUACAGUCAAAGGGAAUAGAGGUUGGCCACACCUUUUACCUGGGUACAAAGUACUCUCAUGUGUUCAAUGCCACCUUCAGCAAUGCCCAGAACAAGGUUAGUGUUGCAGAGAUGGGUUGCUAUGGUCUUGGGGUAACCCGUAUUCUCGCUGCAGCCAUUGAGGUAAUGUCGACAGAAGAGGGGAUCCGCUGGCCAGGCCUUCUUGCUCCUUACCAGGUGUGUGUUCUACCCCCAAAGAAGGGCAGUAAGGAGGACAAGGCGGCCGUCUUAGCUGAAGAACUGGUACACGCUGUGGGAGAGGCUCUGCCUGCCUUGAGAGGUGAAGUUGUUUUUGAUGACCGUACACAGAUGACCAUUGGAAAGAGGCUGAUGGAUGCCAGAAGACGGGGCUACCCAUAUGUUAUUGUAGCAGGGCAGGGAGCUGUAGAGGAAACCCCCAGGUUUGAGGUGAUCUGUCAGCAGACGGGUGAGAUGAUGUUUCUCAGUAAAGAUGGACUGUUAGAUCUUCUGGGAAGAGUGGAAACUGUAUGAAUGUGAAUGUGGAAAUCAAUAGUUUAUGUUUGUGUGUUCUCUGUUGUAAAUUAAAUGUCUGCGAGGUGGUGAGGACAGAAUAUAAAAGACUUUGUUUUGUGUCUUAUGUCAUCGUUUCUUUUUGUUUUUUGUUAUGAAACAUGAUUUGCAUCCAGGUUGACAUUGCUAAUUGGCAUAAACUUACUGUAACAACAUAUAUAACUUGAUAAUGGACUGCAGGGUAUUAAAUUGUAUUUUGCUUUCCAUUAUCUAAAACACAAGAAUGUAAUAACUUCAUUGUUUUUCUGCAAUUUGAAUGAGCCCACAGAGGGGAACAGAAAUAUUUGCUGUUGUGUUGUAAUAUGGAUUUGCAUCUGUAACAUACAGCUGCUGUCACAACAUAACACAAUGCUGGCAUCUGGUAAAUAUUGUAAAUGCAACCAUGACAUGAAAGUCGGGGAAAAAACAAAAAUAA